GUUCCUUUAUGCUCAAGCUAUUUUGACCCACCUUUUCUAUCAGCGUUUUUCGUGUUGAGUGCCAUGAUGCGACUGAUUUGCACCGUGGCUUCAGUUUAUCUCGCCGUGUCGGACGACCUGACAGUGCCAUUGGAAGAAGCCUGCGAUGCUGGAGACCAGGAGUGUGCCUUGUCCUUUCGGCAGCUGCGUGGUCAGCAGAACGACACCUGCGGCACCUGCGCGGACAUCGCCAAAGACACGACCUGCUCGGUGAAGAGCCGCUGCAGCGGCUGCGGUGGCACCUGGUGCCCUGCGGCAGGACCUAAGUGUGUGAAGGCUUUUAAGGACCCAGAGGAUCCAUGCAAAUCUGCCGAGCCCAUGACUGGCAUUGCGGAGCGUUGGGAUUUCUGCGCCCUCAACGAAAAGCACUGCACCAAUUGCAAAGGCGCUUGGUGCCUCCCGGGCAACAUCACGUACUACGAUGGCACCAAGUAUAAGCCCGGCGUGGAGUAUGAGCCCAUCAGCGACCAGCGACUCACAGCGGAGAACCACACGGCCACACAGGAAGCCGAAGAGGAAGUCGCCAACGACGAUAGCCUGGACGACCUCUUUCCCGAUGGCCUGGCUGACACCGCCCACGACCUGCCAAAAGAUGCAGAGGAACCCGAAGGGGCCGAAGGAGCUGAGGACGAGGACGAACCACCGCCAUUUGCGUGAGAAGCGAUUUCUGCCAUGAUUCUGAGCUCCUUUAUCCGCUCGAUUUGACACAUGUCUCAUCUCAGAUAGAGCACCACCCCUGUGGUGGCUGUGAUAUUGCGGCAUAUCGCCAAAAAGUGUGCGUUCUUCUUUCCAGGGUCUGGGACUAGUUUGAGGUUGCAAUUUUUUAGUGCUAGUUU